UCGGGAGCUUCGAGGGAGUCCGAAGACGCCGGCUUGUGACAGGGAGGGGGAGCAGGAGGGCUGCGUGGAGGUUACCUCUGCGUCCCUUCGCUCCCCGGACCCUCGGAAAAAAACCAGCACCCCGGCCCCGCGGUCAGCCCCUUCCCUCAGGCUCUCUCCGCUCGAUUUCACCACCGUUAUGUGGGAAGCGAAUCCGGAGAUGUUUCACAAAGCGGAAGAAUUCUUAUCCAAGACGACAGACAGCGAGGUGGAUGAGAUGGACACGUCAGACACUCAGUGGGGCUGGUUUUACCUGGCAGAAUGCGGCAAGUGGCACAUGUUUCAGCCGGAUACCAACAUUCAGUGUUCAGUUAGCAGUGAAGAUAUCGAAAAAAGCUUCAAAGCAAACCCUUGUGGCUCCAUUUCUUUUACUACUUCCAAAUUCAGCUACAAGAUAGACUUUUCAGCAAUGAAGCAGAUGAAUCUCACCACUGGAAAACAGCGCUUAAUAAAAAGAGCCCCCUUUUCUAUCAGUGCUUUCAGUUACAUCUGUGAGAAUGAGGCCAUCCCCAUGCCGCCCCACUGGGAGAACGUGAAUACCGAGCUGCCCUAUCAGCUCAUUCCUUUGCACAAUCAGACACAUGAAUACAAUGAAGUUGCUAGUCUCUUUGGGAAAACAAUGGAUCGCAACAGAAUUAAAAGAAUUCAGAGAAUUCAAAACCUAGACUUGUGGGAGUUCUUUUGCAGGAAAAAGGCUCAGCUCAAGAAAAAAAGAGGUGUGCCUCAGAUAAAUGAGCAGAUGCUAUUCCAUGGUACCAGCAGUGAAUUUGUGGAAGCAAUUUGCAUUCAUAACUUUGAUUGGAGAAUCAACGGUAUACACGGUGCUCUCUUUGGAAAAGGAACCUAUUUUGCUCGCGAUGCUGCUUACUCCAGCCGCUUCUGCAAAGAUGACAUAAAGCAUGGAAACACCUUCCAGAUUCAUGGUGUAAGCCUGCAACAGCGACAUCUGUUUAGAACACAUAAAUCUAUGUUUCUCGCCCGAGUGCUGAUUGGAGAUUACAUAAACGGAGACUCCAAAUACAUGCGCCCUCCUUCCAAAGAUGGGAGCUACGUGAAUCUGUAUGACAGCUGCGUGGAUGACACCUGGAAUCCCAGGGUCUUCGUGGUGUUCGACGCCAACCAGAUCUACCCUGAGUACUUGAUAGACUUUCAUUGAUUUCACUUCCGAGUUUCCACAAUCAAGAAAGUUUUAUUCUUUUUCGCAGGGAGUUCUGCUUGCCGGUCAUCUAGCUGCUCAGUGUUAAUUAUCUGACCCUUUGGAAGCAGAUAUGAAAGAAAGUGGCCUCCCUAUAAAAAGACAUACUGACUCCAGGGUUGGUUUGUUGUUGUUUUGUUUUUGUCCGUUCCUCAUGUCUGUCACUGAUGUUUGUUAAAGAUUGAUACCAUUGCUGUUUUAACACCUGGGGUGAAAGACAGCGCUCAAAAUGGAAAUCAGCCAAGUCACUCCAUCUUUCAAGUUUACAUGUGUGUCUUCAGGGUAAAUGUUUCUGGCUCAAAUAGACUUAUUCAUAUAUAUGUUCAAAAAAUAAAAAUAUAGACCUAAACGUGUCCCUUCAGAGGAACUGAGCCUUUGUAAACGAAUUCUGAAAUGAUUGUCCACUGAUCAAUGUGUUGUUUUCUCAGUCUUCUGAAAGGGGGGAUUUAAAAGCUUGAGGCAUCCUGAGCACCUUGAGAGAAAUCAGAAACAAGGGAAUCAUUGGCAGUGCUGCUAAACAAGCCAGAAGGAGGGGAUCAGGACAGGGUGCCCUGUUCCCGAUGCCUUCGGACGGCAGGCUGCACACGCAGCCUCACUCCUCUCCUUCUCUUCUGCCUCCUGCGGCUGAGCUGCCCUUAAUCAGCCUGCACUUCAUUUCCCAGCGCUCCCAAAUUCUUGUACCAAGACUUACUGCACCUUCAAAAUGAAACUUUUAUUUAUUAUUUAAAACACAUACUUUCCCUUUGUUUCAGGGUCCCUGCCAUGAAUACUUCUAAGAGGCUUUUUUAUCUGCUUCCCCCACAGACACAGCCAUUCAGCAAUGAUUUAUAAAAUUCACACUGCUAAAUUAUAUCUCCCCAUUUUGAAUCAUUUGCAGAAAGCCUGGGAUGCUUGGAACAAAUCUGGUUUAUUCUUUUGAGUAGCAAUUGACAAUCUGCUAACCCUCUUGAAAAGUUAGGCACAAUUCAUAAUCGUGUUCAGUGGAAGCUUGUUUAUGUGCUCCAUCUGUUUGGCUCUUCUAUUUUAAGGAGGAAUAAGUAACGUGGGAACAGUUUCCUGCCCCUAAAGCUAUUUUAGCAGAGGGUGGACAACAGUUCGGCGGAGAUUUAUACAGGAGUUCAGAUGUCAGGUGGGGAAUUGGCCAUAUGAUUGUUGAGUUCUUCCAACCUUGAUUUUCUAUUAUUCUACCUGAGAAAAAAGAAUGCUGGUCUCUUUUCUGGGAAACCUUUUUCAAACUCAGUUUAAUACUCAAUUCCAUCUCCAUGAUCUUCACCCAGUUUGGGCUGAAAGAUAGUGAACAUAAUUUAACUUCUCAAGAAGAAUCCAGUAAAUGUCCAUGCUUGGGACACUCCGUUCCAUCGCUUGAACUGGGAAGGCAUCUAGAAAUAACACAAGUAAGGAGGAGGGAGCAAGAUCAGGUAUGUAGUUCUUCAGCUGCCAUGUACCGCCAGAUCUAGCCCAGAAUGCACGUGAUUAUGCCGCUGAAAGGGAGCGGUACUCAUUGAGUACCUAGUACUCAGGAAAUUGCACGUCCAAGACUUAGAAGCCAAGUGACAAAAAAGAUUUCCUGACUCUGAUGUUCAGACUAACGGCUGGUUUAGAAGUACUGGUAGUGCUUAGAAAGGACAUAUUUUAUUUAGAAGCGUGCAGAGGUCAUCAGGGAAAGAGAGGAGGGAAAGGCACCAGGCUGCCUCGUGGGAGGUACACACCGCUACUCUAGACUCGCUCACAAAACACAACCUUAGAGGCAUCAAGUCAGAUUUUGAAAAUCUUUUUCUUCUACUCAUUUCUUAUUUAUGUACAAAAUAAUGUUAAAAUUGUCCCCACUUCAACGUGAUUAUCUUUUUUUUUUUCCAAUUUAAUGUGAUUGCCUCUGGCAGCAGUUCAGUGGGGUUACUGUUGCAGCUCUAGGCACUGGAUCUAAUCUUCAGGAGACUAAGAGCCGUUGAAACAUGCAAGGCAAGCUGUGUGAACUUUGCUAGCUGGUGCAUCUGUAGGAGGCAGAGAGCCCUGCAAUAGACAUUGUAAGUCACAACUGUGCUGUUAUUCAUGUCUGAGACCAUACUCCAACUCCCCUUUUAUAAGAAAGAGCUGAUUUCGAUGACCUUUUUAAACGUGAUAGUGUGGAGUUCAUUGAUGUUAGCAUUCUGUUUUGAUCCGUAGGUUGCGUUGAGAAUCAUAUCAGCGUGUAAUAAGACCAGAUACCACCGUUUGCCAUCUUUUCCUCUUGUCAUCACAUAGUGUGUGUGGGGGGAGUGAGGAGGGGGGCAGUGAGGGUGGGAAGAGAAACCAUUCGAGAGUCAUGAAUAAAUGAUUUUUAAAAUUCUACAGUGAAUACACUUCCACCAAUAGUGACUUUUCUUUUCCACUUUGGUAAUAUCAGCCUCAGGUUUAAAAAAAAAUGUUUUUAUAAGACACAGUCUCCUAAAUCUUGUGGUGACAAACAAGAAGGUUUUGUAUUAGUGCCGCUUUUGAUUUCUAGACUGUUCCAGGGGAGGGUCAAGACCUGGGGGCUGUUUGGGAUGUAUGAAUAUAUUGUUUUUACAUGGAGUGAUUAAAGCUUUCCAUGACAGG